UCUUGGCUUCCUGCACCGUCACAAUAACACUAUAUCACCUCACCACUUCAAGCUCUAAAUACACCUCUUCUCUAGCAUUUCUCCAGCUCUUAAGGUGAAUAGUGGACUCACACAACGUUCGGCAUCUGGUUAACGCGUGUCCAGAUGACAACUCAAGAACGCAUCGACUUGAUGUUUGAGGAGGAACGGGCCGGAUGCAUCCAGCUAGGGCAGUUUCUCCUUGACAGGACGGCCGCUGCAUCCAGUCGCCAGCAGAUUGGCGAGAGUGAAGUUACUCCACUUAAUUUGGCCAUGUUGGGGUUCAUCCAGUUCUUCAAGGACGACGUGAGAUGGUCUGCGUGGAACGGCCAUCCGCGAGUCAACCUCGAGAUCGUGUUCGGCCUCCAGUUCGCUACCGACCUCAUCCAGCAAGGGUUCGUGAAUCCCAAACAUGACAAUCCAGUCCCACAAGCUCCUCAAGGCUCGCCUUCUCAAGCCACACCAGUCGUGCUCCAGGACCCAGCCCAGGCAUCCCGAGGGUAUGGCCAGUUGAAUGCUCCAGUCGCUUACGGAAAUCCAGGCCAGAUGCAAUUGGGGUUUCCAGCCCAGCCUCCAGCAAGGGAUUCCGUCAGACAAGGUCCAGACGAAGCGCAAGAAGAGAUCCGACGGCUCCAGACCGAACUCAAGAACAAGGAGGAGGAGCUCAAGAAGGCUAAGUCCGAGGCGGGCGUCGCGGUACUAGCCGCUAGGAUGAUGGCGUACGCUCACGCGUACAACGUGGGCAGGAACGCGAGGCUAGGAACCUGAGAGAUGUAUAUCUCUCCUAGACAGGUGCAUACCU